AUGUUCCUUGAUUGGGAUGUUCACCAGUACCAUUAUCAACAUCAUCUUGCAGCUGUGCUCGCAAAAGAGUCCGGUGUAUAUCAGCAGUUAAGGAGUCAGAGACGAAGGGAAUGCACAAAGACACUAGUACUUAAGGAUACUGCACAGUGCGAAGAUCUCAUUCCUCUUGGGAUUAGCACCGUCUUCAUAAACUUUUGCGAAAAAUGUUCUAGGGUGGCCACUGGUCGACUGUUCAUUCCCCAGUUGAUAUCGCGAUCUUUCCUAUUCUGCACACCCAGAUUAUUUUGGAAAUAUUUUCUUUCAGUGCACUGCAUUCGUAAGCAUUAUCGAACACACCAGAAACUAUUGCAAUUUUGGUUCUUCUAA